UCUAAUAAGCAUACGAAGUCUUGAGAUUUUACUGUCAACCCACGAACACGAUCCACAACAUAUUACAAAUGUACUAAAAAGUGUACAUUUUUUUCCAACUCUGUUAAAAAUUUGUUUUUGCGUGUGUUUGCUCUCACUAAUCUGUCUUUUGGUUUUUCGCCGUCAUUGUGGUUGGUCGUCGGUUGAAAAUAGCGUUUUCUGUGCAAGUACGAAAUAAUAUUUUUUCACCUAAAUAAAUACAAAAAUAUAAGUAUAUAUAUAUAAAAAAAGAAUACAUGCAACAAAUAUAAUCCAAAUUACCAAAAAUAUAAAGUUAAUAAAUGCUAAUAAAACCUUCUGUGGGCCACUAAAAUAAAAUGUAUGUGAAAAAAGUAAUCAAACGUCUUUGAAAUUGUGUAACCACAAGAAGGUCGAAUUUACAGAGAACUUUGAAAAAAAUUAAAUGAAAUAAAAAAAGUCAUACUAAAAUAAAGUUUUACUCUUCCCAACUAAACGAGAAAGAAUAAUAUAUUGAAUAAAAUAAAAAAACAGUAAAUAUAAAAAUAUAACAAGUGCGAAAGCAAAAAAAAAAAAACAAAUAAAAAUAUUUUGAAGGGUUUAAAAAGAAAACAAAGAAAUAAAAAUACCUACUACUAAAUAUUAUGUUUUAAUUGCCCAUGUGUGUUGUCAUUUGUCUAACAGUGUUUGUGUUAAUGAGUCUGUAUGAGUAAAUACUAAUAAUUUAUUACUCAGGUGAUAAAAAUCGUGCAAAUAAAACCAAUAAUUAUACAUAAUAAAAAUAGAAAGAAAAAUGUUUUUUUUUGUUUUCUAAAUAUUUAGAUGUCAUAUCAAUAACGAAAAUUCUUUCUAUUAGCUGAUCAAUGUUUUCUUUAAAGAGAAAAUAAAAACGUCAAGUGAAAAUAUAAACAAAGGAAAAUAAAAACAAAGUGAAAACUCAAGUUAUAAAUAAGCAAGAAUGAAUUCAUAACAAACGAGAAAAAAUAAACAAUAAUAAUUAACAAAAAAAUAAAAAGUAUGUACACAUUAAAAACGCGCGCGCAACUUAUACACAAAUAAAAUAAAUUUAACUUUUUACAAGCAAAGUAUGCUUAAGUCAACAUUAAAAUAAAAACACAAGUAAUACAUACACACAUACCAAUUGUCAAUAAAACAUCUUUAAAAAGUCGCACAGCAAUAGAAGCGAAUAAAUACAAUAAAUAUUCAAGUAUUCGUAUCUUGCAAUACAAACCCCCCCCCCCUCCUUUAUACAUUUUAUAUUUCUCAACGAAAUCGCUGCUAAUUUUAUUCCACCUUAAAUUAUUGUCAUCAAGUUUGUUUUGUAGAUAUAUUUGUUUGUGAUUAAUGUGUAUGUAUAUUGAGUUGGUUAAUAAGAAAUAUAAAAACAAAAUAUAGUGGGAGAUUAAAACAAAACAGAAAACAACAUUUAAAUAAUCAAGAACAACACGACGACACAAGUAAACAAACAAAUAAAACAAAGUCAAGCUAAAAGGGAUAUACAAUAAAAACAAUUGCAUGUUAGAUUUUAAACUUUGAUGAGCAAACAAAAAAUACAACAACAACUAAAAUACCAACGAAUUAAAUAAAUUAAAUGUAUUAAAAAAUAUUGAAGAAUAUAAAAAAAAACUAAAAAGUGGUUGGAAUAUAUAAAAAAUUUAGAAAAAAAACGUGAAUAUGAGUAGUUUUGUUAACUAUAAUGUAAGCGAAAGCAAAAAUCAAGAACAACAAAUAACUGAAAAUCAAGAAAAUAGUGAAGAAACAAAUACUGAAACAACAGCAGCAAAAAACAAUCAAAAAGAAACAGAAACAACAACUACAACAAUAAUAAGUAAUAAAGUUAACAACAAACCUGAUGAAACAAUAAACAAUGAAAAUACAAAAACAUUAAAUGAAAAUAAAAGUGAAAAAGCAAACGAAAAUAAAAUAACAAAAACGACGACAACAACAACAGCAACAACUGUAAACAAUUAUGAUAAUAAUAAAAGCAAUAACGAUGUUGUUGUUGCCUCUGUUGACAAAGAUAAGUAUGAAGAUGAUGUCGUUAUUGCUAUAGAUAAUAAUCUCAAUUUAAGUAAUCAAACAGACGAUAAUAAAUUGACAACAGCACAAAUAAGUACGAGCGCAGCCUUAUCAGCCGCCACUUGUUGUGUGACAAAUAUGCCACCAGGCGAUGUUGAGCAACAGCAAACACAACAGCAGCAACAACAAGUGGCAUCUAUUGUUAAUAAACAAACGACAGCAACUUCUACCACCCAUAGCAUUGUGUUGCCAACAACAAUAACAAUUGAAAGCAACAAUGAAGAAGGUAACACAUUACAAACAUUGACAACAUCACCAUUGCCUACUGUAAUAGAGAGUAAUGCAAAAGCAUUGUCUACAACGUUGCCUGCAUCAGCAGCAGCUACAACCUCGCCUUUGCCUCCAUUACCAUCCGGUUUAACAGCUGGUCCUCAUUUGCCACAUAUUUGCAGUGAGCCCACUUUUGGCGUACAAUUACGCAACAGAAAUAUAGAAGAUCAACAGCACAACAAUAGUAACAAUAACAAUAGCUCGCCAAAUACAAGCGGCAGUGGAAGUAGUGCUCGUGAUUGGCGCCCAAAUACAUCAGCGCCCAACUAUAGUAGUGUUAUCAAAUCGGGCACUGUGAGUGCAUCAGCCUCGCCCAAUAUGGUGCGUAAAACCUCGGAAUCGUCGGUUUUACUACCACGCCGAGUAUCGUUUCCAAAGAGUGAUAAUGAAUUGGUCACUGGCUAUUUGGAACCGGCUAAUCCUUGGGAACAUGUUUGCAUGAUUAAAAGUAUUUCGGAAAUUGCUGAAUUAUAUAUAACUUCAUGUCAAAAGCACAACACAAAACCAUUGCAAUCAAUAUUGGACCAUCUAAAGGCAGUGAAUCUUACCAAACAAUUGAGGCGACAACCACUACUAUCACUUAAGUCAAUCAAAUUGGCGCCAAGUGAUUGUGAAGCAUUAGAAGAAGUAUUAAAAAGGGUGCAGUACAAAUUCAUUGAUCUCUCAGAUUGUAAACUGGACGAAGCGGCGGCCAGUGCUCUUUUUGAUAUGAUUGAAUAUUAUGAGGCUGCACAUGAAUUAGACAUUUCGUCAAAUGCCUCGGGCAUGACACAUCGAGGUUGGACAUCAUGCAAUUACAUGAUAAGUCACAGUCAGGAACUGCAGGUGCUAAAUGCUGAAGGUAAUCCAAUAUCAAAAAUAAGUGCAGAUCAUUUAGGAAAUGCUUUAAGCACUUCCAAUUUGCAUACGUUGAAAUUAGAACAUUGUGGUUUAAAAGGAGCACCGUUGAGCGGUUUGUGUUUUAAACUAUUUCACAAUAAAGUUUUAAAAGAACUUUGGCUGGCACACAAUGAUUUAGAUUGUAAUGAUGCUGAUACCAUAGCGGAAAUGCUGAAGUGCAAUCAUUACAUAGAACUAAUCGAUAUAAGCAAUAAUAAUAUAAGGGACGAGGGUUUGCGGUACUUAGUUAAGGCUUUGAUUAUGCAAGCGAAACAGUUGGAACGACAAACAACUUUUCAACGAACGGCUGCCAUAGACGAUGAUGGUGAGUGUAUGUCGCCAGUUGAUUCUUCUCCUCCGGUUGAUCUGGCUGACAAUAAUGAUAAAGGAUCAUUGGAUUGGAGUACAAAAAAGGACCAAGAAUCAAACGAACAGCAGUCAUUGAAAGCAACAUCAAACAUCAGUGAUUUAGUCGACGAGAGCAACUCGAGUAAGGACUCCUCGUCAAGCUUGCCAUCAAUUGAGGAAAAAGUGAAAGGUAUGGAAGUAGAAACGGGAAGAAAUGAUGUCGAACAUGAACAACAUAAAGCUAAACCACCAUUGAUAUCAUCUGUUGGAUCGACAAUCGAUGAAAACGAUGGCGAUGAAGAUACUGACGACACGGUACGUUCCAGUACAAUUAGAAACCCAUUACAAAGUACCAGUGGCGGUCAAUCCAUGCUUGAUAAACUAUUAUCGAUGAAUAGUGAAAGUAGUAGCGAAGAUGGUGCAUCCAAUAUAUCGACAGACACCUUGGCAGCCUGUAAUUCUGAGGAUGCUAGUUUAAUUAGUGAUGAAAUAUUCGAUUCUGCUGCAACUACCACAACAAUUACAAGUACAAAUACGAAAGCACCAACAAGCACGCUCGGCUUGGAAGUAACAUCUCUAAGUGAGGGUGUAGUGACGGUGACAAGUGCCAUUGUUAAUCCUACAGCUACUACUACAGCGUCGUCGGAAACACAACAUGAGGGAGUAGCCACGAUUUUUAAAAAUUCUCCUCGAGAAUGUGCGUUUAUUGAACGCAAUAAAGUCACACUGGAUGAGACAAAUUUAGUUUUAGUUAAUUCGCCCGCCAAUUUGGGUAAUUCGAUAAAUAUUCAAAGUUCCCUUGUAGUUAAUAAUAACAAUAACAACAAUAAUAACAAUAAUGCCGGCCCCCAGGCAAUCAAUAUGCCACUAUCCGCUACACAAACUGCGUGUUCACCCGCAUUCUCAAAUAAUGCCGAUGAUCAAAAUGUAGCAAGUUCGGGCGUGUUUGAAGUUACGGCAGAGGAGAGUGACUGCCUAGUGAGCAGGUGUGGUGUAUCACGGGUGGUGGUCGGUGAUGACGUCGACAUGCGUUCAGGGGAUCACUCAAAUGUGAUACAACAUCAUGCUGCCAGUCGAGCUUUGGAUGUUAACAAGAAUACCAAACUGGGAGAAGACUUUGAUGACACCCACAGUACGGACUCUGCAUUCGAAAGUGCCUCGGAAGGUGAUAUUAGUCGUCAUCUGCCGGAAGAAUUUACCCGCCUAUCCACAUCCCUUGAAAGCACACGAUUCGAUGACAUUGGCAAAGAGUUGGCCAUUGAAACAGCCACUAUUGCAUCGGAAUCGAAUGAAUGUCUAAUAGCGGCCGCAGCUCAAGUGACGCCAUCAUCAACGCCCACCCCACCAACUCCACCUUUUACAAAUCUUUCAACGCCUUUGACAGAAAGAGAACGCAUGACAGCUGAAUCGCCAAUUAAUUCUUGCCUUUCUUCUUCGCUGCCCACUGUUUCGACCACAACACCUCCGACGGUUCAGGUAGGCUUUGCUAAUUUGGAGGAGCCUACGGAAUCUCCUAUUACAUCCGCGAAUGAAGUUCGCGAUAAAAUGCCAAAGGUGACAAUUGCUCAGGAUAGCUUUACACAGAAGUACAAAUCGAAUAGUGCAAUAUGUACUAGUCCCACACCUACACCGCCGCCACCCUCCACAUCACCGGGCGGUGCAAGCAGUGGUUUACGGCGUACAGAAUCUAAUUGCGGAUAUUUGACACAAUCGUCUCGCAAUCGGUCUCAAAGUACCGAUAGUCUGUGCAGCGACAAUUCUCUGGAUGGUAGUAUAGGUAGUGGAGAUAUGAAUUUCUCAUCCUCAUCGCAUCUUAAUGAUAAAAUCACAAAAAACGAUACUCUAACGCGACAGCAGCGGCCUAUGGAUGCUACGCCAGAGUUUGGUACAAGAACACCCGGUGGCCUAAAGGCACUGGCAGUGUGGAACAACAACUUAAGCAAAGAGGCUGGCCUAUACAUUUCAGAUCUGCUGGCGGAAACUGUGUCGCUAGAAUUGCUCAAUAUUGGCAAGAAUUGUCUGUCAAAUGAGUUUAUAACUUCCGUGAAGGAAAGCCUUACGAAAAAUACAACAUUAACCACCCUGGGCUUACAGAGCGCCCAUCUCAGUGCCAAAGGUAUAGAGACGCUAUCUUCUGUUCUUACGUUCGGUGGCAACAGCACCCUGCGACGUAUAGACAUACGCGACAACAAGUUAGAAGUGGAAAGUCUUGCGAAAAUAGCCGAGGUUUUAAAAUCGAAUACUACUGUAACGCAAAUCGACAUUGACGAUGAGCCUAAACGGCUUUCCGUGGGCAGUGAAGCCCACUUAGACUACGCCCGAGUCUUGGAAAACGUACGAUCGAUGUGUUCGCGCAAUGAAAAAGCACAAGCUCAAAUUCAACAGGAAAAAUCAACGGCAAAUGUUAUGGCCAAGAGACGAGGAGGUUAUUACCUUGGAUCGCGAAAGAUAUCGUUAACUUGCCAAAGUCGACCAGUGGUGGAUGCGACGAAAAAUGUUGUAGUUGCAGCGACAAACAGUAAAUUAGAUAUUAAACGCAAAGCAGGCACAAGACUGCGAUCCCCAGUACCCAGUCCAACAACAAUAUCACCAUCGUCCUCACCAAAUCGAGCAAGUAGGUUUCAAGUUUUUCGGGUGCCAGAAGCCAGCCCACUAACAUCACCAAGUAUACAAAAACCAAUUGGCAACAAUCUUGUUGCUGCAAAGGCGGUUUCUAUGAGUAGCGCAGCUAUACCAUUAUCCUCAGCGUCAGAAAGAGGUGGUAAUGAUCCAAUUUAUCCAAACUUAACAUCUACCUCUCUGCCAACAUCUUGUUCGCUACCAUCAAUGGCAACAAUUUCGUCAUCCACGCAAUCUAUCAAACGCUUGUCGGUUUCACCACGUUCCCGCUUUCUGGUGCGAAAGGUUUACGAGGACCCCAAUCAACCUUUGGCCAGUCGGUACACCCAACAAAUAACGCCUCCAAUUAAUCCCCCACCAACGCCCAUAUCGCGAAAUGCUAGAGACUCGACAGCGGGAUAUUUAGAGACUACGCCACCUACACAAUCCUAUAAACGUGUAGACGAUCUGCGGCAAGAUGCAUUCUUAUGUAGUGGUACAAAUUCAGCAGCACCAGCAGUAUCUGUAGCAACACAGGUUACACCUCCAACAACAUUUUUUACGCCGCCCACCAUAAUUACACCGCAGCAAGAAUUCAAUACUACCACCGAUACAAUAACUACUACACCAAUUUUGAAAUUAUAUCAGGACACUUCUGCAGCGUCAACAAACGCAGCAACAAUAACAACCACAUCACAAGAAUGUGAACAAAGUACAAAUAAUACUGUAACAAAUGACAACAACAUUACCAAUCAGACACAAACGACAACAUUAUCAACGACACCAGUCAGCCUACCAAUAAGUUCCAAUAAGCUACAACCUUCACCAUCUAUCCUCUCCACGUUAUCCUCCUCGUCAGACUCCUCAUCGUCAUCAUCGUCCUCCUCGUCUACUUCCCCUGCUAGUAACACAGAUAGCUCAGACUCCUCAUCAUCGCCAGCAUCUUCAGUUCAUUCUAACGAAGCGUUGAGCACACAGCAACAACAUGAAUUAACUGGUUCUGGCCAAUGCCCAAUUGCAGUGUUUAGUGACAAUGACAUAACGUUAACCAAAAAUACUGUUAAUGAUGUAUUUGGCCCUGUUGCGGUCGCAGCAGCUGCUGCAGCAGCCAAAGAAAAUUUUGACAAUAUUGUUGAAACGUCAAACGAAAAUAUAGUGCUACCUGCCGCACAGCAGCAAGAUCAACAACAACAACAGCAGCAACGUGUACGAAAGGUAUCCUGGAUAUCAAAUCCAACGGCAGUUGAUAAACUGUUGACAUUAUUUCACAAUCCAUCUACCAUCUUUCAGCGUAGCUCAUCGCCGGAAUCGAAACCAGUAGCAACAUCAACAACAACUAUGGCGGGCACACAAUUGAGUCAGUCACCACCUACAUAUGCAGAAGCUGCAGCAGCAGCAGUUUUAGCUACACAGCAACAACAACAACAAAGGUCACAAACAAGUCUAGUACCAUUGCGAAAACAAUCCCCGCCAUCGUGGUCGAAACUUGGCAAUGAUUUUAUAACUGCAGCUGCUACAAAUAACGUAGACCUGGCCAAUACAGUGGCAACGACAGCAGCUGCGGUUGUAACCGAACAAUCAAGAUCAUUUUUCGAUGCCGCAAAACAAUUUCGAGACUUUAGCAAACAAGUAUUUCGUCAAAAUCUAUCAUUUGGCAAUGAACCAGUAACCACAGCGUCUACCAGCAGCACAACAAUGACCACAGCCUCUGCUCUUAAUGUACAGCCGACAGCCAGCGAAAGUUCCGGCGGGUUGUUGUUGGGAAGGACAGGAGAGUUCUGUGGCUGUGGUUGUGUUGGCACAACAACUGGAUGUUUGUGUGGCAGUACGCUAACCACUGAAUGCAACGCCGAUUGUAUACCCACCGAAGUAAAGCAGGAGAUAAAAGAAAAUAUAUCACCUGAACAUACAAUAAAUGAAGAAACCUUGCAUACCAUGCAAAAAUUAUGCGGCAGCAGUGCUGCUAUGACUAUGACAGCGACGCCAACAAUAAAUUUCGACACAAGUGAUGCUAAUAAUGAUUGGAUAAAUACAAAUGAAUCUUCCACUAUUUCAACUAGUAUGUUGUCGGCGUCACCAGCAGCUGGAUCAACUGCAGCAGUAUCAGCCCCACUACCACCUACACCAACAACACAAAUACCGCUUUCAACUAUCGCAUCAACUAGUGGCACUGAAAGUGAAUUACCUGCGCACAAUACUUAAACAACUGCAACAACAAUAACAAUACAACAUUUAAUACUAAUUUGCAGAUACAGUUGUUGCAUACAAAUGGCACUUCACGAUUUUUGUUUGUGCUACAUGUGCAACCUCGUACUCACACAUACAAAUACCAUUCUACCCAACACCCUUAAAUCUUACUUUGUUGUCUUGUUGUAAGUUGUUUAUUAUUAAAUUAUUAAUUUUGUUAUAUAUUUUUUUAAAACUAACCCCCGGCCCCAUUUCAACUCUCCCUUUUAUUCCCUUUAUUUAAUUUUAUUUUGUUUUAUAGUUAUUAUAAUUAAAUUUUUUUUUUCGUUAUGAAUUUGCGUAUACAACUAUAUUUUUAUUUUUUAUUUUUAUUUUGUUAAUUUUAAGUUAUUCAUUUAAAUUUCUUACUAUUGUUUUAUCCAUACAUGUAUGUAUAAUUAUUAAUUAUUAUGGUCGUUAUUAUCAAAAUAUGUCGUCUACUACUACCAUAACUACCUAGCUAGUUUAGUUUAAGCCAUUUUUUUUAAUAAUAAUUAUAUUAUUUUUAUUAUAAUUUUUUUUUAGUAAUUGUGAAUUUUUUCUGUCGUAUUCGUAUCUAAUUAAGUGUGAUAUUUAGCUAAAUAGUUAAACAAAAAUCAUUAACAAACAAAAUAUAUACAAUAAAAAUAGUAACAGUUGAAUUUGCUAUACAUACGAAUGAUAUGUACAUAUAUAGAGACACAAACAAAGACUAGACAUUAUCAGUUACAGUAGGGUGCAAAAUGUUAAGGCAAUGUUUUUUGUUAUACUCAAUUUAAUUGGCCGUGUAAUUGAAUUGGAUGAGACUGAAUUUGACAAUAUUUAUCCAGAGUUCUACAACAUACUUACUUGUAUUUAAAUUUUAUAUUAUUUUGUACUUAAAAAGUGACUAUAUUUAGAACAUUUAACAAUAUAUCGCCAUCUAACUCCCUAACUGUCAUUAUAUAAUUUUACAGAAGAUGCAAAGAACUUGCUAAAAUGUGAACCUAUAUAGUUUCAUUGGUGUAUUUUUUUAGAAAUAUUGUAAAACUUUGCACUUUACUAUUUUUCUGCAAAAUUAUUGAAAUGUUGGUUACGACCUAUUGCAAUUUAGGAGGCGAUAAUAACGAUUCAUGCGUACUUAAUCAUACAUUUUUUGUAUAAAAUCUAUAUAAUACAUUUUUGUUCAGUUCAUUAAUUUAAAUAUCUUUACAUCGAUUCUGUAAUAUAUCCCUGAAAGAAUAGUUUUGUUAAAAUUUCUUUCACGCCAAACUUUUUUUAUAGUAGUUUAUAUUAAUACAUACACAAAAUUUUAGCAGCUGGAAAAUUAGAAUUCAUUUGUAUUACAAAUAUAACAUUUCAAACGAAUUAGUUCUGCAUGUAAAUUAAGUCCAAGGAAUCGUCCAUACAUCCUCUGGACGUAGUGAAGUAGGGCUGGCGUAGUGAGGACCCUGAACACAUACUGGGCAUAAGUUGGGGACGGCACGUUCUAGUUGUGGUAGAAGUUUUGUUUUACGUGGCAGAAGUACGAUAUUCAUACGGUAUCCUCCUAGCGUAUAAUUGAUGGCGAUAAGCUGUCAUAUAAGAGCUGCCAUCAAAUGGAUCCUGCAUAUACCUCUGUAUGUUGUGAGAUGUUGAAGUUUGAAAAACUCCCCCGGUAAUAUCCUAGAAGAUAGUAUAAAAUAAUGUAUAACAUUCUCUCUCGCAGCGAUACUCUCCGCUUCCUGAUUGAAAUUAAAAAAAAAUCAUUGACCAUUAAAAAUUGAUUAGGGUGGAAUAAAUGAUUAAAUAUCCUACACCACUAUAGGUGGGGAAGCAUUGGUUAGAAUCGGUCAAUGUUUCAUCUACCCCCAAUCUGCCCUGGAAUAGGGUUUUUAUAUUUACAAAUGUGUUACGCAUGUUGAUAUCUAAAACAUAUUCAGCAUAAAUAAUUUUUUGUAAGAUUCGGUCGAUAAUUUAUCAUAUGGCAUAUUUCGGAAUUUUACAACAUUAUAAUACAGCAUAUAUCUGUAUUUAUAUUAUAAAUUUUAAUGAUUAUUUUUCAUCUCAGAUUUUUUUAUCAUUUGGAAAAUUCUGUAACAUGUAUAAAUAUUCAUAAUCUGUUUCAUUUUAUGAUUUAAAGAUAGGAAUAAUUCAAUAAAUCUAUUUCAAAUAUAGUUCUGAUAGUACAUCUUCUGAAAAUAACAUUUAUGUAAUCAAUACUUUUUUCCUCUUGUUCCUUGUACACUCAAAAAAUUUUAUUUCAGGAAUUUCUGAAAUUAUUACUUGGAUUUGAUUUAAUUGUAAAGUUGGGUACACCCAAAUCUGCACCCCUUUCUAUUCACCUAUCUCUCCCCAACUAAAUUAGAAAAACAUGUGUAAUGUAAAUAAAAAAAUGUUUGCAUUAAAUAAAAACUAGAUUUAAUAGAUUGCAAUCCCCCACCUACUUAACUGUAAAUGAUUUACAAGGCUGACAAUGGAAAUUAUUGAUAAUAACUUUUAGCAUAAAGUAUAGACACAUAGAGACGAAACAAUUUUUAUAAAAACAAAAGCAUAAAAGCUUUUAUCACAAAAUACAUUAUUUUUUUAAAACAACAUUCUCACCACUUAUAUUUUUGACAGCAGACUUUGGCUUUGGACAGUCUUUUGUCACUAUUUUACCCUAAGAAUUUUAGUUUAACCCUGUUUCAUCUCACUAUAGCUGUGAAUUUAAAAAAAAAUAUUUGAAAUUCAAAUUUAUGUAUAUUGUCAUUAAAAACAUUGCCUUAUUUUGUUUGACCAACUUACUAUAGGGUGACCUCCAGUCAAAUAGACGGCACAUUUUAAAUGUGUGAGAACUUAACACAAACACAGCAAAUAAUACAAAGAUUAAAACAAAACUGUAAUAAAAGCAACAUAAGGCUCACUUAAAAAUUUAAUUACAAAAGUAAAAGUAAAAACAAUAAUACAAUUUAAUGGAAAUUAAAUUAAAAUAAAAAACUUAUAGAAUCUAUCAACCAUGGAUUUAAUUAUAAAACAUAGAAACAUAUGUAUGUACAUUAUAUUCUUUUGUUUCUUUAAUUUAUUAAGUCUCCUCCCUUUCAGACGAAAUUGUAAUUUAUGCGUGAAUUGUGAAUUGUUUUAUUUUUUUACUAUAAAAAGAAAGAAAGCAACAAGCAACCAAAUUUCUUCUUAGUAGUUUAUGUCUGUAAAUACAAAAUAAAACAUAAUAUUAAAAUAAAAUACCUAUAUAUAUAUUUAUAUAAAAUACAAACAAAAACAAAUAAAAAUACGCAAAUAUGAUUAUUAACAACACACAAACAAAGAAACAACAAACAAAUAUUAAACUCUAAAAAAAACAACAAAUCAAUGUAAAAUUAAAAUAAUUUAAAUCAAUUUUUAAUUAAGUCUUAUUUAAUAUCAAUCACAAUAAUCUCUAUUUUGUAAACAACUAAACUACAUAGUACUAUUAGUUUAGUUUUAUUUCAUUUUUGUAACAUUUAUUCGGGCCAAUGAAGAGUUGGCCAGUUACAUUAAAUUUAAAUACAUAUACAAAAUGAAAUGAAACUUAUAAAAACAAAAAUAUUGUAUUGUAUGUAUGUAGGUAUGUAUUUAUUAAAUAUUCUAUGUAUGUUUUACAAACCACAUAAAACCAAACUAUGUAUGAACAAAAAAAGAAGGUUGUGCAGGAUUGUGUUUUAAUUAUUUUCCUUUUCAAAAUUCUUACAACACAAUUCCCUAUAUACAUUUAAUUUGAAAUAUGUAUGUAUGUAUUUCACUACUUUACGAUGAUUUAUAUUUAUAUUGGCUGUACGAUAAAAUUGAAUUUUUUAACUAUUUAUUAAACGUGGAAAUUGAAAACCUAAAAAUCGUAAACAGUAGGAAAUUUUACAUCCCUGCUGACUUUUUCAGCCACGCUAAAAAACCUAGACAGAUUUUGUAUUAUUCUAAAGUGCUCGUCAACAUACUUUUCUGUUCUGUUUAUCCAAAAAUACAGAUAGUAUUAGUUGGUACUAUUGGAUAAAACACUUGUUGCUUAACGUUGUUCAGAUACGAAUAAUUUGCUCUCUCUCUUUGAUUACUGUUAGUUCAAUUUACAACCCAAAAUUUCAAAAAUGUCAUUUUGAAUGAAGUGUAUCAAAAUAACAAGGUUUUAUUAUUAUUUUAACAAAAAAACAACGAAUCUUGGUUUUUUUUUAUCGAUUGAUACAUUGUUUUAAAAAUGCAAUUAGACACAGAAUUUAUGAAAUUUUCCAGUGUUCUUAGAUUUAUAUCCCACCAAUCACUAAAAAUUAUCAUUUUCAGCUCUUCAACAAAAGAGCUGAACGCCGGUUCAGCUCUUAUCUGGUUUUAUUUGAUUUGGAAACAUGGAUUGUACGGUUGUAUUGCUGAUAAACAUUUUUUGUUCGCGAUGUGAUUUGAGAGCACUCCUUAAAUUUGGAUGGAAAAAGCCGACCUCGUACCAUUCAACAACUGAAUUUUAGAUCCUGAUGAUUCAAAUACCAAAUUCUUCUAAUUGUUCACUAUCAUUUAAUUAACGUGAUAAAUAUAAUUUUCUGAAGAAAUAUCAAGUUUUGAAACAAGUAACUAAGACACAGAUCAAAGAUAUAAAGGAGUACAAGGAAAUAUAUUCACAAAUCAGUGAGCAUAGAAAAUUAUAUACUACCACAGUACACGGAAGAUGAAAUACUGAGAGGUGAUUGUGUAAUUCGAUUACAAUCAAGACCUUUUCGAAAUAGAAUGUAUAAUGCUUUUCCAUAACACAUGGAAAACAAAAGCAGAUGGUGAUAGCAAAAGUGGAUUUAGUGUUUUUGGUACAACGACAGCACAGACAUUUAGACUCGUGACGUUAUCAUUUCGAUGUUGUAACGAUUUUCAUAUUCCUUGGCUAACGUUGGAAUAUCGUUGAACUGAUUGACUUUUUCUUUAGCGAUUUGCAUAUUUAUUAGCUGAAAAUCUCUUAAAAAUUCCUCAAUUUCUCUAGUUUACAAAAAAUAAGAAAAUUGUCAUAACAAAAAAAGAACGACAUAAUUUAGUUAAUUGAAAAUAUUGGUAAAAACAAUAUGAAGAUUUUCAAAAACGUAAUUUGAAAGUAGUGAAAAUAUAAGAAAACAAAAUUAAACAUUUGCCAUGUAUGUAUGUUUACAAGAGUUAAAAAUUCAAGAAUUAUUGAAAAACAAUUUUAAGAAAACAGAAAACGAAACAGUUUAUGGUAUCAAUAUACCAAUUAUGAACCCAGACACUCCUCCAACACCCCAACCCCCGAUUGAUCUCAAUGUUAUGUGAUAAUGUCGCAACGCUUCAAGUAGUUGCGUCGCUUACUACUAAUGCAGUUCUAUUUUUUUUAAUAGUGUUUUUUUGUUUUGUUUAAAUAGUUAGUCAAACUACAGUAAAUAAAACAAAUUAAAGUGUGUUGUUAUUAUUAUGAUUUAUUUUUGUGUACAAUGUUUUUUUUUUUUAAUAAAUAAAUAUAAUUUUAUAGGCUCCUCCGUUGAUCCCCGUAAUAUAAAUUGGUUUUAAAUGAAAGUUUUCUAACAUUUUGUUGUUUAAUUCUUGUAAACAAACAUACACAUACCUAAUUGCAAAUAAUAUAAAACAAAUAAUUAAAACAUAAAAUAAAAAAUAAUAAAAUUUGUAAAUCCACUUGGCAGUCACAAUACACAUAGAACUACAUACAUAAUAAGUAGAUGAUAAAGAAAUACAUAUUUAAGAAAACUUAAUGUGAAAAUACCUAAAAAAAAUAAAAUAAAUCAACAUUAAAAAACAUAUAUUAUUUAAAUAGUAAUAAUAUGUAUGUAUAAAAUAAAUAGUAAAGCAACAACAACAAUAAAUAUAGCAACAAUUACAAUUCUAUGUAUGAUUUAUAACUUAACUAUCUAUACUUACACACAAAUAAAUCUACAGUAAAUAGAAAACAAUUAGACAAACAAAAAUCAUAAACUAUGUAAAUUAAACUAAAAAAAAAUACAAAAAUAUAAAAAUACAAUUAAUUGUGAUUGUAAAACAACAAAAACUAAAUAAACAACACACAAACAAAAUCAAAAUUCAUUCGAAAUCAUAUUAAAAUACAUAAAAUAUUACAAAACAAACAAACAAACAAAAAAAAAAAGGAUUAAAACAAUCGUUGUUUUUGUUUUAAUUAGGUUUUUUUUCAAUUUUUACUUAAAUGAACUUUAAGCACUGAUUUAUACACACAUCUAAAAUAUUCUAUUCUUUAUUGUACUUUAAAAAAAAAAUUGUUUUUGUAUUAAAAUUAUUAUUCUAAUUAUUUUUAUUAUUACAUACUUUAUUAACCAACUACAACACCACUUAUAUUUUCUUGUAUUGUUUUUGGCAUUAACACUUAAAAAUUAUAUUUUACAUUUAUGAAAAACUUAUUUGAUAAAUUGAUUUUAAAUCUGAAUGAAUGAAUAAAUAAAUCGUUAACAAUUAUUAAGUUUAACAUUAAAGCAUAAAUAUAAAACAA